GUUGUUUGCUCGACAACUCAUUCCUCUCUGCUUCAUGGUGAAAGAAACUCUUGUUCUCAUCCACAUUCAUCUGUGAGAUUCUCAGGUUGGGGCUGAGAUCAGCACUCUCUUAGCAGACAUGAAGCUUGUAAUUCUUCUUGCUGUCUUGACAGGGGUGCUGGCAGUCCCAUUCAUGAGAGAGGAACAAGCAAAGCGCUUCAUAAGGCUAAAAAGACAGUCAGGAUACUGGGACCCCCAUAAUUCUCAGAACCAGUGGGGUUAUACCAUCCAGGAGCAGGCAAAUGAGUACUGGACAGCCCUUCGAACAGAUGCCCAGUUCUACAUGGAUAUGGGUAACCUGAUGUUUGACCGCUCUGUGGCCGAUGAGAACAACAGACUGUACAUGGAGAUGUUGCGCAAUACUCGAGCUCACUUGGACAGCCAGACAGGAGGACGCGAAUAGGAGACAAGUCGACAAAUGAAAUGAGGGUUGACAAACAUGAUUAUAAUAUGGCUUAUAGCGGGCUUAUUGGCACAAUGCUUAAUGUUUGGGUUCUAAAUGUGCCCCAUAGAUGCAAAUGAGAGUUAAAUAUGUAUCCAUGUAAUAUAAUUGAUAAUCUAGAUAUAUUGUCAUUUCAACAGUGUCACAUGAAGAUAUAUCUGUUAGAACUUUGCUUGCUAAAAUUGACCAUUGUGUAUUUGAUACCAAAGCAGAAAAACUGUUUAGAUUUGCUGGAAAACAUGCUGA